CUUUUACUCCUGUCGAGAUCACACGAGCAGGGACAACGGCAGGCCAGCGUGUACUUUGACUUGGCUGCUGCCUGAACGAUGGCGUGUCGGCAGCUGAAUCAAAGCUUCGGCAGAUGGCGUGCCAAGACUUCUCUUUGAGCUAAUCAAUGGCGGACUGGUAUAGGAGUAUUAAUUAGUGGCCUCCUCCCCUCAUCUCUUGGCCACGCCUCUUCCAUGCAUAUGCGCGCGAUGGAUCCAGCUCCAGCUGCCAGCAAGAUGCUGUUCGACUCGCCGGCGUUCCGCGUCCACGGGGACGGCCGCGUGGAGCGCUUCUUGGGCACGGACACCACCCAGCCGGGCUUGGACGCCGCCACCGGCGUCACCUCCAAGGACGUCGUCCUCGACGCCGCCACCGGCGUCUCCGCCCGCCUCUACCUACCCGUGCUCCCCGAGGACGGGAGGCUGCCCAUCCUCGUCUACUUCCACGGCGGCGCCCUGGUCCUCGGCUCGGCCGCGUCCCAGAUGUACCACGGCUACCUCAACUCCCUCGCCUCCAGGGCCGGCGUCCUGGCCGUGUCGGUCGACUACCGCCUCGCGCCGGAGCACCCGAUCCCGGCGGCCUACGACGACUCCUGGAUAGCGCUCGCCUGGGCCGCGUCGAGGGCCGACCCGUGGCUGACGGAGCACGGCGACGCCGCGCGCAUCUUCCUCGCCGGCGACAGCGCCGGCGCCAACAUCGUCCACAACAUGGCCAUGAUGGCCGGCGGCACUGACCACGACGGUUUACCCGCAGGGGCGGUGGUGGAGCGUGCGAUCCUGCUGCACCCCAUGUUCGGAGGGAAGGAGGCGGUGGACGGCGAGGCGCCCCUCACGAGAGAGUACAUGGAGAAGCUCUGGACCCUGAUAUGCCCGCCGGAAAGCGAGCUAGGGGUGGACGACCCGAGGCUGAACCCGACGGCUCCUGGGGCGCCGAGCUUGCGCGCGCUGGCUGGCCGGAGGCUGCUGGUCUGCUCCGCCGAGAGGGACUUCCAGCGCGCGAGGGCCGCGGCGUAUUAUGAGGCCGUCAAGGGGAGCGGGUGGCCCGGCACGGCGGAGUGGGUGGAGUCUCCGGGGGAGGAGCACGGCUUCUUCCUCCUCCAGCCAGACCGCGACGAGUCAUCGGCACUCAUGGUUCGGGUCGUCGCCUUCCUCUCCGGCCAAUGAUCUUACAUACUUUUCUGGGUCAAUAAUAUAUAUUUUUGCCAGUCAAUACUCAAUAAGACGUUAUUAGUUUUAAAUUUUGGAAACAAAAUAAAUUCGGGCAACACCGAAAUAUGUGAAAUUUCGGAAAUUACUUUGAAUUUUGAGAUUUCACCUUUA